UGAAGACUUGGCGAACGGUCGAGCAGCGGACCAAGAGAUAAUCAAGUGCCAGACAGAGACAGCCAGUUGAGACACAGUGAAAAAGAGAGAGCAACAAGUUUGCCAGUGGAAAUUUUAGUAACGAAAUGCAGUGAAUACCAGUCCAGUGAAUGCAACAAACUGGCUUAAAAACCAAAAUAAAAACAAAAACAAUAACAAGACUCGAAAACUAUUCAAUAAGCCCAUUAUGAACACAAAGGCCGUGGCAGUGGAAACAAAACGCUGAGUGAAUCUAGUUAAAAGAAAAAACAUUUCAAAAAUCAAAACCAAAACAGCAACAAGUGAAAGAGCCAGAGCAAGACGGCCAAAGCGGUUGGCCGCUAGUGUGAAUGAGACAGCGAAACAGAGAGCUGAGCCACAGAGACUUUCGCAUCUGACGAUUCGAUUUUUGCAUGCCGAGAGAUACAGCUACGCUAGAGCUAAAGCUACAGAUACAGUAGCUAGAGCCUGAGAAAAUAUCUGCGAAAUACCAUUAUUGUUAUUAACCAGACAAGCAGCUCAUAAAAAAAUGGAGUACGAGAAAAUGCUGUACAUGCCAGGCGGCAGUGAGAUGCCUCACAGUCCGCAACUAAAGCCACAUCAGUUCCAGGCCCAGACGCCGCCGGAUCAGUACUCUGCCUAUGCGGACAACUUUGACCUGUCGCUGCUGCCGCAGGAAACAGCACCUAUUCCCACCACCGUCUUCCAGUACAACGCCCCCCAGAUCAAGGUCGAGUGCGCCUGGGAGAGCCAGCCCCUACAGCAGCAACUACCCACGACUACCUAUCCCACCCCAUCCAGUCACCAGUUGAUCCCGCCGCCUGCCUACCCCCACAGUGCCUACCCUUCGCCGCAAUCCAGUCCGCUUCAGUCGGAGUUUGCAGCCUACGGAUUUGGCAGAUUUGGCGGUAGCUACGACAGCCUAAACAGCCCAUCGCCUUCCCUGGAGGCGGUGAGCAUCAAACAGGAGCUGCACAUCUUGCCCCCCUCUCCACCGGAAUCCAACUGUGAAACCCCCUCGCCUAGAUCCUCCUGCGGGGAGAGCAUCAAGGCAGAGCCCUUGGAUGCAGACAUUGAGAGCCUCAUCGAUCUGAACACUCUGCUCCAGCAGCAGAGUCUACAAAGUCCUCAGAAUCUCCAGGACACCAAGCCGGACCAUCAGCUCCUGCGAGAGUGCCUCGAGGACACCAGCUUCCAGAAGAGACACAACCUAAAGCCAUUGGCUCUGGAAUCCUUCAUCGGUGGCUUGGCCGAAGUGCGCGGAGACUUUGAGCCCGUGAUUUCACUGGCCUUAGAACAUGCCAAACGAGAGGCGGACGCCAUUUGCGCGGAGCUGCAAAUAUCGCAGGAUCCAAAUGGCUGGUCGCCCGCCCAAGUACACGCAUGGCUACGAUCCACCUUGGCCCAGUUCAGAUUGCCGCCGGUGGCCGACUUGGAGCUGCACUUCUGCGAAGAUGGCUCUGCUCUGACAUUACUCAGCGAGGAGGAAUUCGUGCGCCGACUACCAGAGAGCGGGAGCACGCUGCACGCCCAGUUGGAGAUUUGGAAGAUGGCCUAUGCCGACCAGCCCGUUCAUCAGCCGCAUUCACAGCAGACUGCGGGUGCUGAUCUCUGGCCAGCCAGCUAUGCGAUGCCCAAUUUGGACCUGGACUACAACGAGGACAGCGAAGAUGACGAGGACAUGGAGCCAGAACCAGUAAUCACUCCACUGACCAAGAGCUCUACUUCAUCACCUGCAGUCACGCCUUCUAACGGCGGAACAGCUACUGCAAAACGGCCAAACGGAGGAAGGACCGGUGGUGGUGGCUCUCACAUCCACCUGUGGCAGUUCCUCAAGGAGUUGCUGGCCUCGCCGCAGGUGAACGGAACGGCCAUUCGGUGGAUUGACCGCAGCAAGGGCAUCUUCAAGAUUGAGGACUCGGUGCGAGUGGCCAAGUUGUGGGGUCGCCGUAAGAACCGACCGGCAAUGAACUACGACAAGUUGUCCCGCUCCAUCCGGCAGUACUACAAGAAGGGAAUCAUGAAGAAGACGGAGAGGUCGCAGAGGCUGGUCUACCAGUUCUGUCAUCCCUACAGCCAGUAAUAUCUGUUGUUAGCCAGUUAUUUAUUGCUAGUUGUAAGUGGUACACCUGACCGACCCACCUGUUCCGAUCCACUCCGAUCCGAUCCAAUCCGCUGACUAUUCUCGACUAGCCUUGUGGGCCUAGCGAGUUCUAGUUCCAGUCCUUGUACAUACCCACUCACAAUCUUGUUAGGCACGAAGGUAAGUUCGUGCAUCGAUUAAGUUUGGCCUUAGGUUAAGAUCAAACCGUUGUCCGCUGGCGAAGGUAAGUUCGUCAUGGCAGGGUUUUAAGUGACCCCCCAGUUUCACCGCAAUCGAUCGUAGAUCUAACUCUGAUCCCGCGCUGCAGCUGGUCAUUCGGCUGCAUCUGCGCAUGUUUGACUUACUGGUGACAUCUUUAUUCAACUGCUGCCUGUCCAUGCGAAGGAUGAUGACUCAUCAGGAUGUGGUCCUGUGGCUGGAGUGUCAUCUGGAUCUGGACCGCCAUUAGUAGUCCGAGGCGAAAUUGGCUUAAAGGUCGCAGCAUCCAGAACUCUCAAGAAAAACAGCCACAAGUGAAGGACUUACCUGACCAGAGCAUCCUUCGCUGGCAGCAUGAAGGUGUCGAGGUAAUUUUAGGAACCAUAUAUCUAUGAUAUAUCAAAAGUAAGUUCUAUGAACAACUUAAUAAGCGAACAAAUGUUAAAUAGUAGUGUUAAGGCGCCCCGAUUAGCCAUAGGUACUCUCCUUGAAAGUUUUUUCUCUUCCCCGCAACAAAGUUAAAAAUCUUUCGACCUCGUCCGAUUAUGCAAAAUGUUAGAACACAUAACUCAUAAUGUUAUCAAUUAUUUAUUCUUUACUUGGUGGCGGUUCAAUUUAGACAUAUUUCGUUUCACUUUAUUUUGAUUAUACGCAAUUAGCAUAAUUCGUGCAUAAUUUUCUCUAGUUUCGUUUAUGUGACGGGUAGCGAGUUUAAGUUAAUUUUAAUAUUUAUUCGCUGGCCCAGCCGAGCGGUGAAAUUAUGGAAAGUCAAUUAUAUUUGCUGCAUUUUGCAUUAGCAUUAAUGCAUUUGCAGGCUCUAUAAUUGAAUUAUGCAACGGCCAAUUGGCUGCUUGGCUUAUUUUGUUAACCAAAUAGAACAGUUACCGUUUAUACUCGUAUCAAAAUAUUUGUACGCAUAUUCCACACCUAAUUAGGACAUUGCCCGCCUGCCAGGCAACUAGAUUUAUGCACUUUACACUUUUUACGACACACCAAUUAUUUAUUUAUUUAUUCAACUAACAUAUUGUCAUGCUACACUAUCCGAUAAAAAUAAAAAAAAUCACAGCAAAAAAAUAAAACAAAACAAUAGCCAAUUACGGCUAUAUUUACACACUAAA